AUGGAAGCACCGUCGUCGACACUCAUCGUGUGCGUGUCCCUGGGCGUCAUUGCGAUCGUGACGCUGCUGAUUACUGGCGUAUUGCUGCUGCUCCGGCGUAGCCAGCACAAGAGCCCGCAGGACGACCUGGAGCAGGGCACGGAGAAUAGCAGCGAGCGGCAGCCGCUGCUGAAUGACGCGUCGAUUCGGACGCGGUACGCACAGGACUCGAACGAGUUUGCGAGGCCGUUCAUUGUGCGCGAGGGCGGACUGUCGCCGAACGCCGGGUCGACAGCCAUUGGCAGCGCAAUGGGGUUCAGUCCCGUCGAGAAUGUAGUGACGAUUGUGCCCAGCGACUCGUCGGAUUCAGAGUCGAGCGCUGACUCGUGCUCAACCGCGCCAAACUCUGGCAAUGCAGCAGAGGAUGCACACGCUGGGAUCGCCACGAAGCCAGCUGAGACACCCAGCGUCGUCGUGGACGAGGUUGCCGAGCCCAUGCAGGAGGCAAAGAGGGACGAGAAUGUGUCUGCGCAGGACUCUGGCAGCGAGGCGGUGGCGAGUGAAAGCGUGGUCCUACCCCGCAGCACCGCCAUCGGCGAGCCCAGAGCGGCGCCCAUGCCAGUACACACACGGUUUUCAUUUACGCAGCUGUCCGAGUCCGAGGACACCGACAUGACCACCGAUGAUGACGAGGAGAAGCCAGCAACGAGGACGUUUGCUGAUGUGACCGCGAAGCGGCUGGGCAGGCGCGAGCCGUCGCAGAGCUCGGGCGACACUGCGGUGAUGUCAGGUAAGGCUGGUCCGCAGAGCACGGCGCAGGGCCCACGGCAGCGGGGAUUCACGCUGAACGCACAGGCCAAGGCAUUUCGUGCCGAACAAGCUGCGGCACAGCUCGGGAUCGGUCAGCCGGGUGACGACGCAAUCUCGCGCCAGCUGAGCGCGCCGCAGAUGCAGGCACUGGGCCGGGCGGCUGCGAAUGGUGGCAGGGAGCAGCAGCAGGCGUCGCAGCCAGGCGGGCGGACGGUCGACGGCGGCAGUAACUGCAAAUACGUGCACCCGUCGCAGACGUGCAGGAUGUACCCGGACUGCAGCUACAGCAACCACUGCAUCUACAUCCACCCGAGCGACACCCACAAGAUCAACAUCAUGCUGUCGCGCGGCAACAGCCGCCGCUCCAAGCGCAGCCAGCAGGACAUUCUGCGCCUCAACAACCUCGAGGCCUAUGUUGCCGACAACUGA